AUGAGGGUUAAAAAAAACAAACCAAUCAUAUUCGGCAAUUGUAAAGAAGUUUUGGCGACAGUUAUAAUGUUUUACUUUGCCGCAAAUCUCGUUUUCGGAGCGGAAGAGAACGAGACUGAAUUUUGCAGAAGAGGAUGGUCUGAAUUCGUGAACGACAGAAAGAAAUGGGCAAGUAAAUGUUUAAAUGAAGAUAAUGGGAGGGCAUCAUUGUGUUGUAACGUGACAGCUGGCUAUCUUGAACACCGAUAUGCAGACUAUAUAAAGUGGUGUCCAAUUGUGGGUAAGUUCUUUGACGUAGAUCAGGCAAAAAAUGAAAUAAAUUAUAUCUAUAUAGACUGGAUAUUACACGGCGGCGCGACGAUAUGAAUUUUAUCUUCGAGUGGUGAAAAAAAGUUUACGAAUUGAGUGCAACGAAUGAGUAAAAUAUUGUUUUUACCACGAGAAGAUAAAAUUCAUAUCUUGAAGCCACCGUGUAGUGUUCUUUUUAUUAUAUAGUCACUUUCACAAAGCUCGCCAUUUUUACUGCGAAAUGACAACUUGUAAACACAAUGCAAUUGCUGGCAAAUGAUCACGUGGUCGAAACAUCUCUGGUUUUUGUUUUGUAGCCGAUAAAACACUCCUUCGCGUGUUUCAAAUAGUACUUAAAAUUCUUCAAUUUUCUUUCAUUAGAAGGCAGAUGCGCAUGUCAUUAUUAUACAGAGCGAGAAGUUAGUCGCAUUGUGUUCGAUAAUAAAUCAAUCCAACUGUCGUGGAGCAAGCCUAACUUCACUUGCCCACAUAAAUAUCUGCUUAAUCGUCAAAAGGUUGAACCAGACAUAAAGUCGCCACGCAAUUUCUCCAUUGGUCGACAUGAAAUCAAGAAUAUUUUUGAACUGUAUGGAGGCAUAAAAGUAAUAUGUACCAUUGUCUUGAAUGUUCGAUUAUGUCGUAAGUAUUGUCUCUAUAUAUCUGAUUGUAUGUAUUAG